AUGCUAAAUUUGCAUGAGGCAGCACACUUCGCUAUUCACGGCGAAGAUAUUCUGGAUGAAGCCCUCGCUUUUACAGCCACCCAGCUUAAGUCAAUGGCAUCUCGUGUAAGCAGUCACCUUGCAGAAGAAAUAAAUCAUACUUUGAAAUUUCCUAUCCGUAAGACCGUACCAAGGUAUGAGACAAGAUUUUUCUUGUCUACCUAUGCAAGAGAUAAUUCUCGCAAUAAAACUUUGCUUAAAUUUGCGAAGUUGGACUGUAACAUACUAAAAGUGAGGCACCAGAAGCAGAAGCAACUCAGUGACAUCUUAAAAUGGGACAUUGGCGCCAUAGAUAUGCUUCCAGAUUACAUUAAAUUUAUUUAUAAGUCACUCUUAGAUUUUUUCGCUGAAAUGGAGGAAGAUAUGAGUAAGGUAGGAAGAGCAUACAGCGUAGAUUGUCCAAAAAAGAUGUUUGAGCAAAAGAGAGGACAUGUUCCCUCAGCUGUUGAAUGCUACAUGCAUGGUGUUUCUGAAGAUGUGGCUGUUGAGUUUCUUCUUAAACAAGUUGCGGACGCUUGGAAAGAUGUGAAUGAGCCAUGCUCAAACCAACUGCUGUGCCACUGCCUCUACUUGAAGGGAUUCUCAAUUUUUGUCGCACAAUGGAAUUUAUGUACAAGGAUGAUCGUGAUAUUGAUGCCUUCAGUGAUGCCACCAAAGUUAAAGAUCAUGUUGCCUCAUUGCUCAGGGACCCAAUACUUUGAAGUCUCUACUUCUAUUACUGUUAAUGUGAAUAAAGCUGGUAAACUUUAG